AUGUGGCCCGUUUUCUCCAAGGCACAAGUUAUCGUGUGGGGCAAGCCGCUUCCGACACAGAAGGAGCGUGACCUCCUCCGCAAGAUCGACUGGUUCGUGCUCUCCUUCGUGUGUCUCAACUACUGGAUUAACUAUCUCGACCGCUCGAAUGUCGCCAAUGCAUACGUCUCCGGAAUGCAGGAGGAUCUCCACAUGGUUGGCAACCAGUACAACAUCGUCAACACCUGCUUCACCGUAGGCUAUGUGGUGGGGAUGAUUCCCAACAACUUGAUCUUGCUCAGGGUCUCUCCUCGGUACUGGCUCUCUAUCUGUUCGAUGUCAUGGGGCUUACUCACUCUCGGGAUGUACAAGGUGCACUCGUACCAGCAAAUUUGUGUGAUCCGUUUUUUCCAAGGCCUCUUUGAGGCGUCAACCUUUGUAGGAACGCACCUCAUUCUUGGUUCGUGGUACACCGCAGACGAGCUUGCCAAGCGCACAGCUAUCUUCACCUCCUCUGGCCUCAUGGGGAGCCUCUUUUCCUCCUUUAUGCAGAGCGCUAUCCAUAGCACCAUGGACGGCCGCCACGGGCUCGCUGGCUGGCGCUGGCUCUUCAUUAUCGAUUUCGUCAUCACCGUGCCUGUGUGUGUGUAUGGUUUCAUUUUCUUCCCGGGCGUGCCCGAGCGGUGCACCGCGUUCUACUUCUCGGAGGAGGAGCGGCAUAUGGCCGCGGUGCGGGUGCCCGCGCCAAAACGCACGCAGCUUGACUGGACCGUGGUGCGGCGGGUAUUUGGCCGGUGGCACUGGUGGUUCUUCAGUCUUCUUUGGGUCUUUGGCGGCGAAAAUGUGUCGUACGCGUCAAACUCACUCUUUGCGCUCUGGUUAAAGUACUUCAACUACACCAUCGCCCAGCGCAACCACUACCCGAUGGGAGUGUACGGGGUCGGAAUCGUUGCGACAUUCGGCUCUGCAUUGUACAUCGACAGCUCGGGUGCAAAGAACCACUGGCGCGUGGGGGUUUUCAUCAGCAGUGCCACCAUUGUCGCCACCAUCCUCCUCUUGGUGCACCCCUUCAGCCCCACCUAUGUAUUCGCAGCCCACUACAUCUCCGGGGUUGCAUAUGCAGGCCAGACGGCAUUUUUUGCAUGGGCCAACCAGGUGUGCCACGAUGAUUUGGAGGAGCGCGCGGUCGUGCUCGCAUCGAUGAACAUGUUCUCUGGCGCUGUCAACGCAUGGUGGUCCAUAUUGUUCUACGGUGCCGAUACCGUGCCGCGCUUCCGAAAGGGCUGCUACGCCAUGCUCGCGACCACCACCUGUUGCGCCCUCUUUUGCAUCGCUAUUCGCGUCUUACAGCUCCGCGAGGAGUCCCAGAAGGAGAUAUUUAACGCGGAAAAGCUGAGGUAUGACGAACUAGAGGGGGCUUCUCAUGAAUAA